AUGAGCAACAUCGCUGGCCCAAGCACCUGCCUGGCAGGCUUCCAGUAUGAGCGUCUACGUGACAUCCGCCUCCCCCCGGAAAUCGAAGCGCUACCACACGUGCUGCAACAGCUCGACCUGCUGCUAAUGACACACGUCGAGGCAGUGGAAGAGGCCAUGCAUACGGGCCAGAUGGCGUGGGUCAAGCAACUGCUGCCGACAUUUAGCUACGACCACCUCGAAGUGCUCAUCGUCGCGGCCCAAUGCGGCCACCUGGACAUCGUCAAGUGGCUGUCAGCAGAGGUGAGGAGCCACGCGUCCGACGUUGAGGCGGACGGGAAACUCGAAUAUAACGCGCUGGACAUACUGGAGGAGGCAAUUAUGAAUGCCGGGGGCAAUGGCAGACUUGAAGUCGUCAAGUGCCUCAUGUCCGAGGUGAAAAUUAGCUCCGAUGAGGAAGACAACGAAGUGGACAUGCUGAACGAAGUGGCGUGGAGGGUUUUGGAUCUGGCAACACAGAUGGGCCGUGUCGAGGUGGUCAAGUUUGUCGCUGAAUACGCGCGAGAGACGGAGGAAACGGGCCCCGCGAGUGAAAUGUCAAGAGCGCUGUCCAAUGCAAUUGACAAUGGACAUAAAGACGUGGUGAAGGUUUUGAUUAGUGCCCCUCAAUUCCAUUGGGAAAUGGCUCCAGCCUUUAAGCAGGCGUUGAUGGCCCGACAGCAAGGCAUCGUGGAGAUAAUCUAUGAGUUGCACGCGGGAUCUGUCGAAGGGCAAGGAGGAGAAUUGAUUGUGCAUUUGGCACGUGGGGAUGGAGAGGAAUAUUUGCGGAACAGGACGUGGGCUGAGUACCAAAUGGUUCUGAACGCCUUCAUCUGUGCUUCGUUGUGCGACCGAGUCGACAUCCUCGAUGUGCUGCUUGAGUCUGAGUACGCGCCCGAGAAGUUGUUCGAUACUGGUUUUCUUUGCGCAGCCCGUAUCGUUCCUUCAUGGUAG